UAAUAAUAAGAGCAAAUUUAUAUAGAAAUAGAUAACAUAUAUACAAUUGAAGAGAGUAAGAGAUGUAUUAAAUGCAUGAGGAACAAAAACAAUUAAAGGUUUGGGUUAUGUUUUAGAUGUUUGGAUUCAGAUGAUGGAAAUAGGAAAUUAGAUAAAAAUGAAUUAAAAGUAGGAUUGGCUGAAAAUAGAGUUCAAUUGUCAUGUAAUUAAAUUGAUGUAGAUGUAGAAUAAUAAAUAAAAUAAGAUCUUAUGCUUAGCAAUGGACAGAAAUAGAAGUGGAACAAUUGAUUUUGAUGAAUUCUUAGUUUCAAUAAGAGUUAAGGAAUUAAUCAUAAAAUUAGGAAUAACCAACUAGAAAAGCUAUUGUAGAUUAAGCAUUUAUUAAGUUCGAUAAAAUAGGGAGAUGGAAGGAUAACUGUUGAUGAUAUUAAGUAAAUAAAUUAUGAAAUAUAAAAUGAGGAGUGUGUAAUACAAAGUUUCAUCCUAAAGUUAAAUGACUGAAAACUAAGUUUUAGAUGAAUUCUUAGUGAAUUUUGGAGAUGUUGAUAAGAAUGGACAAUUGACUUAUGAAGAAUGGAUUGAUGAUUAUGCUGCUGUAUUAGCUUCUGUAGAUAAUGAUGAGCACUUUGUUUUAUUAAUGAAAAUGGCAUGGAAAAUAUGA